AUGGCUGAGGCAAAAGUGAACUGGCAACCAAACAGAAUCUUCUCUGUGAUCGCUUGGCAAAUUCACCUGACAGCUGCCCUUUUCCAAAUUCCCACUCUCCCAAAUUUCGAGCAAAACUCUUUCACAAAACAACAUCACUCUGCCCAACAAACCGCAACCGCAAACGUCAACAAGUCUGGCAUCACCGCUACAAACCUCUUUCAAAAGCAAACUCAAGUCGAACCACGCUGUCAAACCGACAAUAAAUUUGCCUCGGCUUCUGGAUACGCCCAAGAAGCAGCAGCUGCUGCUGCCGCCGCCGCCGCCGCCAUUGCCCCUACUUCUGCUACCGCUCCUCCUCCUCCUCCUCCUCCCGCUCCUGCUGCUGCCACUCCUCCAGCCGCUACGAACCGCAACCCCUCUGACUCUACCGAAGAGCCUCGCACGUCCUGGCGGUAA